AUGCUCCCUCUGGAAUCAACCGGUAACCGAGGAGACGAUAUUGCGAAGGAGGCAGUAGCUGUAAAGGAUAACAGCCGGCGCUCGAAAUCCGUCGAGAACGACGAUGAGGGUCCAUCCACAUCGAAGGGUCCAUCCACAUCGACGAUUCCGCCAAUCUAUCCCGGUGAAAGUAGCGAAGGAAACAGAAACGUCCCGGAAUCGACUGGGGAACGUAAUCUGGCUGAAACCCUCCCAAAUAGGGUUUUCGCUGUGGAUUGCUAUCCAGAGCCAGGGCGGAUGAACAUAUAUGCGAAAGCCAAAUUCAUUGGACGCGUCGCCGCAGCAUUAGCCGGAACACCGGCCCUGAAAACAAUUCUCGAUUCUCAGUUCAAGCACCUGUUCAUGUUGCCUGUUCGUAGAUGUUCUAAUUCCGGGAAACUCAUCCACGCAAUACUGGCGAGGCAGCUGGUAACGAAGAGGAAAUACGAGAUCUGGUCGGUCUUUGGAGGGAAGCCAUUCAGGUUCUCCAUCCGGGAAUUCGAACGUGUAACGGGUUUGGUGUGCUCUAGACUUCCCAAAGGCCACACAUAUCCACUUGCAGUACCAAAGGAACGGUCGAGUACGUGGAAAGAGCUAUUCGGAAGGAAUUGUACACGCGUGACUGUGGAGGGAGCUCUGUCUAAGCUCAAUGGGAAGGAUAUAUCCGACCGUAAGCGGUUGUAUCUGGCUCUGAUCAUUCUCGUUGACGGUGUCAUCCUUGGCAACAAGCCACCGAAUAUCACACCCGCCACCCUAUCCCGUUUCGGGCCAGCACCGCUGUCACCUUUAAAUCCAAACCCUAUUAAGGAACUAAAACAGAGGUUGAGGCAGCAAACCUCCGCAUGCUACGGAUUUCCAUUAUCACUGCAGCUGGUAGUUUUUGAUGCCUUCCCACUACUGGUAGAGAAAUUGCCGGCCCCGGAAGACACCGCCACUUUUUUGGAAGCGCCCUUCGCCUGCGAUACCCCUAUCGUUCUGUUGCAAUCGGAGGAUAUCCUACAUGUAGAGGAGAACCCUAACGUACAAGGCGAUAACGCAGACCUCGAGUGGGAUGAUGAGGUUCACGACGACGGAGUCGAUAGGAUUGUUCAGUUGCUCGGGGAGGUCAUGCGUUCACCGAAGAUGACUUCGUGGUGA